AUGAAUACUACUGAGUGUAACUUGAACUGUAACAGUCAAGACAUCACCGCAACAUGUUCAAUAAGUCAAGAGACAUGCCUCUGUGAAUUGAAGUGCAAAUGUGGAGCAAGUGGACGUGUUGAAGGAAAGAAAGUAGAUGGGAAGUAUAAGACAACUGUCACAUCUGAUCGUAUGGUCAUCACAACAGAUUGUUCAAAUGGAUGUCGAUUGAUUGCAAAAUGUACUUGUGGCGUCUCAAAGGUUGUCAACUGCACACACAACCCACAGAGUGGAUGUUCAUGUUCAUGCACACACUGCUCUUGUUGUUGUGGAAAGCAUUAA